UCCUCUUUGAAUAACCUACAUUCUUUCCCCUCCAGAUGAAAAGAUUAAUCGAGAUGCCGAUGGAUAUCUUAGAAAGAGUGAAAGAAGCGUUUUCUAAGAAGAAUUCUCAAAACAAUAACCACUAUCAAUGGCCGUUUCAAAGUAACGCUGGUUCUUACCAACAACAGCCUCCCCCACCACCUCAGCAGUAUCCAGGAGCAGGCGUAUAUUUAUAUGCUCCCGCUCCUCCACCACCAAAUCAAGGAAAUGGACAGCCUGGUUCUCAGCCAUAUCCAGGAUAUCCAGGACAGCCUUCUUCGGUAUCAUUUGGAAUGUAUGGACAACCUCCUCCUCCCCCACCAAAUCAAGGAAAUGGACAGCCUGGUUCUCAGCCAUAUCAAGGAUAUGGACAGCCUCCUCCACCGCCAUUUGCAUAUGGACCACCUCCUCCUCCUCCACCCAGUGGAAAUGAUCAACCUCCUCCUCCCUGCCGGAGGAGCAGCUCUCAAGCCCCGCCAGCAGCGCCACCCUCGCCCGCCUCUUCUCAGGCUGCGGGCGCCGUUGCAGGGAAGCCGGCCGCGAGCCUCCUGUCGGCGCUGCAGCCAGGGCUGCCUGGACGGCAGCACCGCACAACCACUUUGCCUGAGGCGGAUCACAGCUGGCAGCGUCCCUGCCCGUUAGGCUGCCCCCACCGGUGGCCUGCCAUGCCUGGCCCUGCCCGGCGGAGCGUGUGUCUGGCUUCGCCGCUGCUGGUCCUGCUUGCGGCGGGCGAAAAGCAGAAGCCAUGGCAUGGCGGUGUCGGGGCAGGGGGAGUGGCGCCUCGGAGGUUUUCCGGCUGGGAAAGGGGGGCGUGGAUCCGGAGGGACCUAUGA